CCUCGUUAUUACUGACAUUUUUGAGCAGUUCCAACAUUAAUUAACAAUGAAACUACGGCACAAUAUUCUACGAGAGAUCUCCUCAUGAAUGGUUUCCGAAUAUCGACAUCGCUCGGGAAAAUUCGGUUCGGGGAGUGGUCUCUGUCCCUCUUUCAAUUACGUUCAAAUGAAUCAACAAUUGUGUUCACAACAAUCUCAAUAAUUUGCGAAGGAUGUCAAUAAAUUUAGGGCCUUCAAAUUGAUUAAAGCCAACAGUGUGAGGUUAUGUUGCUCCACAGCAUGUUUUUGGAGGUGGCGAGUGGGGUGAGUCGUGUGAAUCUUCUCAAAUUACCAAUUCGAACAAUCACAACAAAGGGAAAAGUUAGGAAAAGCCAAAUUCAAGAAGAUAAAGCAAGCUUUGGGCCACUCCUCGAAACUGCAAAGGAGAGGAAAAAAAAAUUGAAGUCAGUGAAAAAAAAAUCUACAGCAACAGUACCUGAUGUACCUGAACCUGAAAAUUCUGCAAAUAAUGUGAAUGAAGCUGAAUUAUCCUGGGCGAUAAAUACAACUAAACUAGAAAAUUUAAAAGUUGUGAGGAAGAAUGAAACACACAAGGAACAAAAAAAUAAUUCUCGAAUGGGGGAAAAAACGAUGAUAUCAAAGCUUUUACAGCUUUUGGAACCCAACAAUCCCCCCUACAUUAACAAAACUACGAUGAGUAAUUUAUUAAACAAUGGCAAUAGCUGUGGACAAGUUAGCAAAGGUGAAACCAUCCUGCCCUUUUCAACUACAAAAAGUAGAACACAAUUUGAAGACUGUACUGGGAAAUAUCUCGAAGAUAAUAAACCACAUUGUGAUGGAAGUAUUGGAAAAGAUACUUCACUUAAAACUGUAGAAAAUGGUACACUGCAUUUUCCAAUAAUAAAUGCUGGCAAAGAACUGAAGGACAGAUGGGAGGAUCGAGGAAUUGUUUCAUUGAAGCCAAAUGAGCACGAGUAUUGUUUGCCAGGAGUUACAAGGAUUUUGAAUCAGACAAUGUCAAAGGAGGCCAAGUUAAUUUUAGAGAAGUGGAAAGAAAAAAUGAUCCGGCAAUUGGGCGCCACAGGAUUUGACGAGUACUGUAGAAAAUUAUUAGAGGAUAGCAAAACGAUGCACAUGUUAAUAGAUAAGAGUCUUAGGAAAGAGGAACGCCUUGAAGUGCCCCAACACCUGAAACAAUGUUUCCAAAGUAUCAAAUUUAUUUUGAAGGAUUUAUCUGAUGUGAGAAUGCUAGAGUCCCAUGUAGUUCAUCCUACGCUAGGUUACCGAGGGUUUAUCGACUGUGUUGCCAACUAUCGGGGGAAUCUUUGUAUAAUCGAUUGGAAAAAAUCCGAGAAGAUCAAGACCCUCAGCACGACUUACGACUCACCCCUACAAGUCAGUGCGUACAUUGGAGCCCUCAAUGCCGAUCCAAAUUAUCCAUUCCAGGUAGAAUCUGGCCUCGUGGCAAUAGCGUAUACAUUCGGCCAACCACCCUCUGUUUUCGAGUUCAGUGCAGCCAGACUACAAUUUUACUGGAAAGAGUGGCUGAAGAGACUUGAAAAAUAUAAAUCUUUGGAUAAUCGUUGAGAGUAAAAUUUUUGAAAAUAAAUCUUUUGUGUUGUUGAGUAGUUUUUUAA